AAAUUGUCAUUGUGGAUACAUGCACAAUCGCCCCUUGUCAUCAGAACUAAAAACCAGAGCCUUAGAGAGUUUCUGGAGGCAGAACAGAAAUCACUAAAUCAUGCAUAAAAUGUACAACACAUCAGUUUGCAGUUCUAUGUUUAGUCCAAAUGCUUUGCAAUCUAUCAUGUUAGUGACAAGGCAACAACAGUACUGGAUAAUGUCGUCAUGCACAUUGAAGAAUCAAAGAUUGAGAAUUGGACACCGCACGAAGGUACCCCGAAAUGUAAACAUGGAGAAACUGCAACAUGGCUAUUUAUUUCCUGAGAUUCAAAGACACCAGCUUAUGCACUUAGAGAAGUAUCCACACGCAAAUGUGAUAGAUCUUGGAAUUGGUGAUACUACAGAACCCUUAUCAACUAUUGUAACAUCAAGCAUGGUGGAUUUUGUGCAUGGCCUUUCAACAGAAAAAGGUUAUAAAGGAUAUGGACCUGAGCAAGGUGAAAAGGCCUUGAGGAAAGAAAUUGCUGACACAAUCUACAAAGAUCUAGGGAUAAAACCAUCUGAGGUUUUUGUUUCAGAUGGUGCACAGUGUGAUAUUUCUCGUCUUCAGCUGCUUAUGGGUCCCAAUCUGAAGAUAUUUGUACCGGAUCCAUCCUUUCCGGCCUACAUAGAUUCAAGUGUCAUAAUUGGCCAGGCUGGCGAAUUUGUAUAUGAAACUGGCAAGUAUAAAAACAUAGAAUACAUGACAUGUGGACCUCAAACCAACUUCUUUCCUGAUCUGCAUACUGCUUCAAGGGCAGAUAUAAUUUUCUUUUGUUCUCCAAACAAUCCCACUGGUCAUGCGGCAACAAGGAAGCAACUAGAGCAACUUGUGGAUUUUGCCAAAGAGAAUGGAUCAAUCAUUAUCUUUGACUCUGCAUAUUCUGCCUAUAUCACAGAUGAUAGUCCUAAAUCAAUCUUUGAAAUUUCUGGAGCCAGAGAGGUUGCAAUUGAAGUCUCGUCCUUCUCAAAAUUUGCUGGCUUCACAGGCGUACGCCUUGGUUGGACUGUGGUCCCUGAAGAACUCUCAUAUUCAAAUGGUUUCCCUGUUGUGCAUGAUUUCAACCGCAUAAUGUGCACAUGCUUCAAUGGAGCAUCCAACAUAGCUCAGGCCGGUGGACUAGCAUGCCUUUCUCCCGAGGGUCUCAAGGCCGUGCAGUCACAUGUUGACAACUACAUGGACAAUGCAAGAAUUUUGGUCGAUGCUUUAACUUCUGUUGGUCUGAAAGUUUAUGGUGGUAAAAAUGCACCUUAUGCUUGGGUCCAUUUUCCAGGCUCAAAUUCUUGGGAUGUCUUCGCUGAAAUUCUUGAGAAGACACACAUGAUUACUGUUCCGGGCAGUGGUUUCGGUCCAGGUGGUGAAGAGUAUAUAAGAAUUAGUGCUUUCGGCCAGAGGGAUUCCAUCAUUGAAGCCUCAGAGAGAUUCCAAUGCCUUGUCUAAUAGGGGAAAACUAAUGCUCUACUUCUUUCGUUUCCUGAUCUAUGCAUAAAAUAAAACAAAAUGGCAAAUCUCAGUUUUAACUACUUCUACUUGUAAGAGAAUGCCUAUGAAUAAUAUAUUUAUUUAUUGAACAAUAACUAUCUGUGGAGGAGGUUCCGGAUAUUGCUCUUCAUAUUGUGGCUCAGGACAUUUUGGCUUUUAUGCUUCCUGUGGCUUGAUUUAAUAAAAUCCCAUUUCAAAA